UUCUGAAGUGAAUAAAAUGUCUGCUACUGAAGAGCCUACUAUGACAGAAGCUGAGCAAAUACAGCAGUUUCGAGACUUUCUUAUAUCAUAUAAUAAAUUAUCAGAAAGAUGUUUCCGUGAUUGUGUUCAUGACUUUACUGUACGGCAUGUAAGAGAUAAAGAAGAUAGAUGUGCUCUCAACUGUAUGGAAAAAUAUAUGAAGAUGAAUCAAAGGAUAUCUCAGCGUUUCCAAGAAUUCCAAAUACUUUCUAAUGAAAAUGCUAUAGCUGCUGCCAAAAAAGCAGGCAGUUUACCAUUAUAAUACUUAAUAAUUUAGUGAAUGUAAUUUUGCUGGACUGUGUUUGUUAAUAACAAAUUGUCCUCAGAAAACUGUUCACUCUAUUCAUUAGCAGUUUUAUAAAUGCUGUUAUCAUUUAUUCAUAUUUUUUAGUGUUAUUGUGUAAAUAAAAGAAAUGUCUGUAUAAAA